AUGUCUAAACAGGAUACGGCAACGUUCUUUUCGCAGGGGACGUCAGCACAGUUCGACUACGUGCUGGCUCUAUAUCCGCAGGUAUUAAAGCUACGAGCAGAAAACAAAUGCAAAAAGCCGGACGAGUUGAUCCGGCUGGACGACUGGUACCAGAACAAGCUGCCUCAGCUGAUCAAGAAGCGUGGCAAGGAUCAGUACAUGGUGCACGAGGAGCUGGUAAAAACCAUGAAGUGGAAACAAACUCGCGGCAAGUUUUACCCGCAACUAUCCUAUCUGAUCAAAGUAAACACACCUCGGGCAGUGCAGGCGGAAACGAAAAAAGCGUUCCGUAAACUGCCCAACCUCGAACAGGCCAUUACAGCGCUAUCGAAUCUGAAAGGCGUCGGCACAACGAUGGCGUCGGCUUUGCUUGCAGCGGCCGCCCCGGAAACGGCCCCCUUCAUGGCGGACGAAUGCCUGAUGGCAAUACCGGAGAUUGAAGGCAUUGACUACACGACGCGAGAGUAUAUGAACUUCGUGCAACACAUCCAGACCACGACAGAUCGAUUAAAUCGCGAAUGUCAUCCAGCUGACAGCCUGCCAGAACAAUCGACCGGUAGUAGCAAAGCUUCUCCCCUCAAAAGAACGGGCAAUGGGACGGCGGCUAAAGAUGGCAACACGGACGACAGCGGUUCGUGUUCUUCCGAUGGCGAUUCUUUAAGUACAACGCCUGCAAAAAAGAACAAGCUUGACACAUCAAAGGCAGGACUGCAGCCGCAUGAGAAAAAAUGGUCUCCACACAAGGUGGAGCUCGCGCUCUGGACACAUUAUGUCGCCAGUGAGUUACAACCGGACAUACUGGAGCACAUACCAGAAAAUGGGAAGUCUGUUACCGAUGCAUCGUCCUCCAAUACGGUAGAUCUUAACAAACCCGCGACACCCAGUAAUCCGCCUGAAUCGGACGCAUCCUUGACAACAAACGGAACUGCCACCAACAGUAUGCUGGCGCAAAACAACCAUGUGAGCGAGGAAGCUUCGGACGAUAGUAACUUUGACACCGAGCACGAUAAAAGUGCACUCGGGUCAGACGAAUCGUCUAAGGAUCACAAAUUCACCCUGGACAGUUUAGAUGAUUGUACCAAGUCUGAGGACAGUAUAGAACGACCCAGCGCUACUGUAAUCAACACUGGCAAAACACCGCUCUCGGGAAACAUGCGAAGGAAAGCUGCGCUAAACAGUGGCCGCAAUGCGGUGCCAGCAAUGGUGGUCAGUGAUGACUCGCUCAGUAGUCCCAAACCAGCGAUCGAAGGAAAAGCGAACAGUUCCGAUGAGGAGGACGACGAAGAUGACGAGGAGACAGUUCCACCGCGCAGCAAGAAGACUAAAGUUGAUUAAAAGUCUAAAGCAACCAUAAUGCUAACGCAAUUUGUUGUAAGCGAUGCUCUUUUUCUAUUCGCAACGAUACACUCGAGAUACCUGCUGCUUGUGAAGGUGAUGUGUACCGUCUCUUUGGUAGAUGAUCUGGCCCGAUUAUCCAUGGGUUAAAUAAUUUAUUCCCUUUGUAUUCCCAAAGUUUGAUCGUGCCAGAACGAUACGUGACAAAAAUAAAAUUUUCGUACUUGAAACAUAAUUUGUUGUCCUACGCAUGCAAGCUAAUGUAUCAAUUUUGUAGGACUCUACUGCCAUAGACAUUCCACCUUUAGUUUGGACAAUGCGGAUGAAGGUUAUAAACCUAGCUCGGUUCUUCAACUAAUCCUCUUUUUGCACUGAAAGUUAUAGUUGAAAUCGAUGGAAUUGUACAAUGACGUAUAUGUUGUCUUUAAACAACCAAUUAUAAAACAUAUUUAAAAGUACAUGAAUGUCGACGUUCGUCUUAAAAUAUAUUUAAUCCUGCACUGAUUUGAAUAAAGAUUUGCUUCAUCAUGCUCGUUCUUAGGAUAAAUUUUACGUUCAAAAUGCAAUUUAUCCCAUGAAUGAUUUUCGGAAGAUAUGCGACGUCGAAAACUAUAAUCCUUAACUUAUUAAACAUCUUAUCAACUAUCUUUUUAAUUCGUUCGAUUGCGUAUGAGUAUAAUUGAUUACAGGUCCUUUUAUAACUUAAUUCCUUCAACCAUGAUGCCAACUCCUUGGGAAAAAUCGCAUAUAGAUUUAUAGAAACUCCUAAUGUACCAAAUUCCGGCAAUAAAUCAGAGGUCAGAAAACGGAUAAAUCAGUAGUUGAAGGCUGUACCAUUCUAGUAAAAAAAUCAUUUGACACACAAUUAUUAUGGUAGACAUCACAGCCGCAAGUACACGCAUAUACAAAAUCGUUAGGAACUAGAAAUCAAACUAGCUUAAGAGGUUAGAGAAAGAAAACACAGUUGAUAAAUAUAUAGAAAAUGCAUUUGAAAGUCAAGUCUAACACAUAAAAACCCUAAAUCCAUCAGGCAUGCUUUGAUACAUCAGACGAGAACGGAUAAAUCACGAACAGCCUUUCAAAUGUGGCAAAAAAAGAUGUAAUGAGCCAAACAGAUUUUGUACGAUCUUGAGAGAUGGACAAAAAAUACCCAUGAAUCAGCUCAAAACAAGGAAAACGGAGCAAAAACACAUCAAACUAAACCAGAAUUGAAGAAACCCGGCUGGCAAAAGCAGGAUAAGCAUGUAAAAUUGAUAAAAAAUAGUAAUAAAACGCAAAUUCAUACUAACGGUCCCAGACGCAUCACGGAAACAUAUAAA